UAGCUCUCCCAGUACAUCCAUCCGCAUAGGUAUUUUUUUUCCUCAGACAAUGGGUGCAGUUUCCUUUUUAUAAAUUUAAUUUUCUUUUUAAUUAUCUUAUUGAAAAAAAUAAAGCCAUUAUGCUUAUAAGAUCAUUUAUCUUUUAAAAUAUAUUUACGAAAUAUAUUAUUCACCAUCCAAUUAUACAUCUCGCAGUAAUCUACAAAAUCUACAAUGACAAAUUGAGAACCAACAAAAAAAAAAAACAUAAAAAGUGUUUUCGUGUCGCGGGUAGCAGCAAAUUUUUUAAUAAAAAAGAAUUUGUUUUUUUUUUUACAACUUUUUGUUUGUGUUCGUUGCUGUUUUAGGGGCAGACGAAAUAUAAAAAAAAAACUGUCUCCAGUAAAUAAAUACUCAAAACUUAUUUUGUUUUUAUUUGAAUUCCACCCCCACGGUUAGUUACAAAAAACAGCUUCAAAAUUGAGAAGAUAAGGGCAACAAUGACCGGGACACCGGCCAAACAAAAGUACACCUUCACUAGUUAUGUUAACUCUUCAAAGGGCAUAAACGGGUGUGAAGAUGCCGCAGACCUACAAAGUCUCAAGCCUAAGCUGCUGGCAGACGAAUUGGAAGUGGCAUCGGCUCCUGUUUAUAUGUACCCGCCGACAAGUAAAAUAUCGGAUAACAAUAAACACGAAGCAAUUCUGGGCCUGCUAACGGUGACCAAUUUCAAAUUGUCAUUCAUGGCUUUCAAUCCCGAUGAGCAACAAGGAGCAUAUCAGGAGAAUCUCUUUCUUGGUAAAAACGAUGUCACUCUAAACAACAUCGAUGUUAUCUACCAAGUUGUGGACAAGAAGAAAAAGUUAUUGCUUGUACCAGAGCAAAAAAUAAGUUCGAGAAUAGAUGCUCUUCACAUUAUUUGCAAGAACUUUCGUUUAUUGAAAUUCUCAUUUAAGAGUACGGCAAAAGAUCAAGGAAAGGUCAUUGCAUCAGCACUAGCUAGGUUUGCAUAUCCAUCGCGACAUGACUUGUCGUUUGCUUUUUGUUACAAGGAACAUUACUACAACACAGUAAAGUCAACAGUUGCAAUGUUUACAAGCCAAAACGAUUGGGCAAAAGAACUUAUACGUUGCGGUGUCGAAGACUGGCGUGUAGUCACAGCCGAAUCGCUACAACAAAAUAGUGGUCUUCCAACUCAUUUCGUUAUACCAAAAUGUUACGACAUCGAAGACUUCAAGGAACAUUAUCAAUCAUUUUGUGAUUCCAGAAGUGCUUUUUGGGUUUACGGCUAUGCAGGUGCAGCUUUAGUCCGAAUGGGUGAACUCAAACCAGAAAUUCAAGAUACAACAAUAGAAAAUAUAACCCUCGAGAUAAUAAGAAAAUGUGAUCCCGAAAGAAAAGCUCCACACAUAAUGAAUCUUUCCGAACGCCUACCCAGUAUACAAGAUAUUCAACGGGGUUAUUUGAAAUUCCGACAAAUCUGCACACCCGACAGCCCGCGACAGUUUCUAAUGCAAGAAACCAAAUACCUUACAUUUCUGGAAAAAUCCGGAUGGCUUUUGUAUGUCUCACUUUGUCUGAGUAAUGCAUCCGAAGCUGCCACACAAAUGCGACAAAGUACAUCAGUUGUGCUGCAAGAAAACAAUGCUCGUGAUUUAUGCUGCGUCAUAUCAAGUUUAACACAAAUUAUCCUCGAUCCAUUCUUUCGAACAAUCGAUGGAUUUCAAUCGUUGAUUCAGAAGGAAUGGGUUGCUUUGGAACAUCCCUUCCUCGAUCGUUUGGGACAUGUUUUCUCCGCUGAAUCCGAAAAAGAAUCUCCUUUGUUGCUUCUUUUUCUAGAUUGUGUGUGGCAGCUAUUGCAACAAUUUCCCGAAGAAUUCGAGUACAGUCAGACGUAUUUGACAACAAUCUGGGAUUCAGCCUUCCUGCCAAUAUUCGAUACAUUCCAAUUUAAUACGGAAUAUGAACGAUUUAAGGCAACAUUAGAUUUGAAAUUAGUAUUGCGACCGGUAUGGGAUUGGAGUGAACAAUUUGCAGACAAAGAUAAGGUAUUUUUCACCAAUCCCUUCUAUCAGAAACGACAAGAAGUUUUGAGUCGGAAGUCUAUUGCAAUUCCACCAAAUGCAAUCCGACUGCCGGGAUUACAAAAACCCGGCUCCAGAAUGACUUUCGAUCCAAGUUUGUUUUCUACCCAAUCCACUGUUCCAAAGGAUCGGUUUCUCGAACCUCGACACAAUAUAAGCCAUUUGGAAAUAUGGGAGCAAUGCUACUAUCGAUGGAUUCCAAUUCUCGAAAUUAAAUCUGGCGGUUUCCCUCAAAUCGAACUCUUCCAUAGGCUUUUACUCAAUAAUAUUGGCAAAAUGCAACGAGCACUAGAGACACGAGACUUUGAUGACCUUCCCGAAAGCGGUUGCUGGACAUCCACAACAACAACGAAUAGUAGUAGUACAUCAACGGCUGCCGCAGCAGCAGCAACAACCAGCAGCAGUAGCGGCGGCAAUCAAUCAGAUGACAACGAAACUGUACAACUAAGAACCAAAUCGAAUAAUACAACACCAACGAACAGUCCAACUCGACUACAAGGUCUACCAACAAUCACUUCAUUCUUCCCCUUUAGCACAUAUACCGGAGAUUCAACGCAGCUUACCGAUAUCCUUACAAAUAGCAAUGAACUUAUUAUGGAAGGUUCUAUAAUGGAAAGAUUAUCUAUUGCUCAGUUACCAGAUUAAAAAAAUAACAACAACAAAAAACUCUAAAAAUCCUUUAUUUUUUAUACCUAAACACGAAUUCCAAAAAAAAAAAAAAAAAACAAAA